GGCGCUGCCGAGUGAGUGAUUUACGAGGGGUGGCGGGAGAGAAUUGAUAGUGAAAUACGAGCGCGCUGUAUUUGUGUUUUAGCAAAAAGAAAAAGCGCGCGCAGAAGAAGGAUUUUGUACAUUGUAGAAAAAUGACUGCAGAGUAAUUGAUUGUAACAUUACUUGAAAUUCAUCAAGUUCACAAAUGAUGGUUCACAAGUUUUUCAAGAGAUGCUGAAAGCGGAGAGUGUAGAUAAUAAAUUCAACUUUGUAAUUAUGUCAUGUUGCACUUGGAAGUCCAACGAGAAGAAAACACACAGAACGAGAGAGAGAGAGAGAGAAAUUCCAAGAAAGUCAGAUGAAGUGAGAUUUAAGUUAUUCUUAAUUCCGGGAGUCUUGGCUUAAAUUAAUUGACUGUGGAAGGGUGGGAUGAGAGAGAGAGAGUUGGUCAUGUGUGCAUCUGCCACCAGUUGGAAAUUCGUCGGGAGAGAGAGAAAGAACAGAGUGCGGAUGAUGUAUUUGCACAUGAGUCAGCUUGAGACGACAUUGCGGUUGGCCAGGAGCUGCAAACUCAAUUCCUCCGUACCAAGAUCCAGGCGAUGGGAUUACCAAGGGAGGCCACUUGAGAGUCCGACUGCUGAAGAUUUAUUCCUGCCCAAUUGAAUUGACACCGCGAGCGGUUCGGCGAGUGUCCUGUGUGAGAAACAGCAAGUGCCACAGCCAGAAGAAUUGUGUAGUUGCGCCGUCGUCUGCCAGAUGCACUUCAUAUCAUUUUCAAUUUUCACAGAUGAGAGAACUUUAAGAGGAUGAAACAUUUUCACAUGUCUCGUGAAGAGAUUCUUUGCCCCACUGAAAAUUGCAUUUUUGGGUGGCGCGCACAAGGAGCGGGCGACCUGUGGCAGAGGAGGAGCAGAAGCUCCGGCGAGCUGAGCAAAAGAACACGGGAAAAAAAAGCGAGGAAAAUGGUGAAAAGUUGUGCAGUGCAAGUGCUCGUGGUCUUCAUUGUCGUUGCGGCGUCAGGAAGUGGCGCUGGCGGUGAAUGUCCCGGCAGAUGCAGCUGCAUUCAGCAGACCGUUCGAUGCACGAGGCUGGAGUUCCAGGCCAUCCCAGAAGUGCCGGCAGACACAAACAUUGUAGAUCUUCGCUACAAUCGCAUUCGCGAAAUCCCAUCGAGAGCUUUCUACGGCAAGACACAUCUGCAUACGAUUUUCCUGAAUGAGAAUCAAGUGUCAAGCAUCGAGGCGGCUGCCUUCGAAGGCUUGCCAUCUCUCAAGUAUCUCUAUCUCAACAACAAUCGCAUCUCGCGUGUGGCGCCGAAUGCUUUCGCGAGCUUGAACAAACUGCAGAGUCUCUUUCUCUACAAUAAUCGCCUCGCCACGGUUCCGGAGGGUCUGCUCAAUGGCAUGAAGUCCCUGAGAAGACUCCGUCUCGAUGGCAACGCCCUGGAGUGUGAUUGUCGCCUUUUGUGGCUGCUGAAGCUUCUCACAAAUCCCACAACCAACUUCCAAAUUGCCGCCACGUGUUCCUCACCCAGCAACUUGGCAGGAAAGAACAUCUACGUGGUGAAGGAGAGCGAUUUGCACUGCACAAUGCCGAAGAUUGCUCCCUCGCCGAAGAGCUUGAGAGCUCAGCUGGGACAAUCGGUGACGAUUCCAUGUCAAGCCAGUGGUGCUCCGAAUCCUGACAUUGUGUGGAUGAAGAACUUCAAUGAGGUGGACAAGGCAAAUCCUCGGAUUCAUGUGAUGUCCGAUGGCGCCAUUGAGAUUGCCAACAUGACUCAGGAGGACUUUGGUUCAUAUGAAUGCAUUGCGCGCAAUAUCAUGGGCGAAACACACUCGGAAGCGGUGAAGUUGGAUCCAAUGGAGGAGCGAGUAAAGUUGCAGUUCAUCGAGCAGCCACAGAAUCUGUUUGUUGACUCGCCAGCAGCCAUUGUUAUGCACUGUCGCGCGACAGGCGAUCCGGAACCAAAUGUUAUUUGGUCACUCAAUGGCUCUCCACUGCAAUUGUCUCAGCGCCAUCACGUCCUCUCAAACGGUUCACUGGCCAUCGAACCGUCCAGCAGCGCCGAUUCUGGGACCUACAAAUGCGAUGUCAGUAACAAAUAUGAGACAAUUUCCGCCAGCGCAGAAAUCAUGGUGGACGCAAAAGUAAUAGAGAUUUCUCCUCAUUCCGUGAUUCCGAGAUUUGUGGUCACUCCGGAGAAUCACACGGCGAGAGUGGGCGAGGAAGUUGUCCUGAAUUGCGAGGCGGAGGGAAAUCCCAGUCCAACAAUCUCUUGGGAGCACGAGGAUGGCCAGCAAAUUGUGUUCACGGGCCGGAUUUAUCUCACGGGCAAUCAGCUACACAUAAGAGACGCCAAGGAAUCUGACUCAGGUUUGUACAUCUGCGUGGCGGAGAAUACAGUGGGAUCAUCUGAGACGGUGGCUUCUGUGGAGAUACACAGCAUCGCGAAUCCGCCUCAUCUCAUCAUAGAGCCGUACGAUUUGGAGACUCUUCAGGGCGCCACAAUUGAGCUGCCCUGCAUGGGGGAUGGCGAACCGCCGCCGCAGGUCAAGUGGAAGAAGGACGGAAGGACGAUUAUUCCCACGGAUCGCUUCAGAACUGCCGAGUCGGGAAGUCUUCACAUCGCCAACGUGACGAUUCUCGAUUCAGGACGCUACGAGUGUUCCAUCACAAAUGAAUUUGGCAGAGCAACAGGUCAAGGGCUGUUAAUUGUGAGGAAACCGGACGAAAUUGCACCGGGAGAGAAGUUCGUGCGGAUGGCGUUUGCAGAGGCGUUCAAGGAAGUGGACACGGCGAUUAAUCAAACUGUGGCAUCGCUCUUUUCGCCCGAAGCUCGCAACACGCACGAUUACGGAGAGAAAUUCCGCGUAUUCCGCUUCCCUAAUGAGCCUUCGCGGGAACUGGCCAGAGCUGCUGAGGUGUACGAAAGGACGCUGGUGAACAUCCGAAGGAACAUUGACAGCGGCAAAGUGAUGAUGGCCAACAAGACGGACUUCAACUACACGGAAGUGCUCUCCGCCGAGCAUUUGGAGCUGAUUGCCAGCCUGUCGGGAUGCCAGGCGCACCGGCUGAAGCCGAACUGCACGGACAUGUGCUUCCACGGGAAAUACAGAACGGUCGACGGGACGUGCAACAAUCUGCAGAAUCCCACGUGGGGCGCCUCGCUGACGGGUUUCCGCAGAAUCCUGAGUCCUGUGUACGAGAACGAGCUGAGCAUGCCCGUGGGUUGGACGAAGGGGAGGUUGUACAAUGGAUUUCCGCUGCCCAGCGCUCGCCUGGUGUCCAGCAAGAUGAUCGCCACGGAGCAGAUCACGCCGGACAGCCGAAUCACGCAUAUGGUUAUGCAGUGGGGCCAAUUUCUUGACCACGAUCUCGACCACGCCAUUCCGUCUGUGAGCUCGGAGAGCUGGGACGGCGUGGACUGCAAGAAGACAUGCGACUUUGCCGCUCCUUGUUACCCCAUCGAAGUGCCAGCGGACGACGUGAGAGUGAGCAAUCGGCGCUGCCUGGACUUUGUGCGCUCCAGCGCGAUCUGCGGCUCUGGACAGACAUCGGUGCUCUUCGGGCAGAUCCAGCCUCGCGAGCAGAUCAAUCAGCUCACUUCCUUCCUGGACGCUUCCCAAGUUUAUGGAUAUUCCAAGCAGUUCGCCGGCGACUUGCGCAACAUGACUGCCGAUGAGGGGAAACUGAGGAUUGGACUACACUUCCCGGGACAGAAGCCUCUGCUGCCCUUCGCCUCACCGACGGAUGGCAUUGAUUGUCGUCGCGAGAUUGGCGAGAGCAACGUGAACUGCUUCACAGCUGGAGACAUUCGAGUGAAUGAGCAAGUUGGUCUUCUGGCCAUGCACACGAUCUGGUUCCGGGAGCACAACAGAAUUGCUGACGUGUUGCGACUCUACAAUCCUCACUGGGACGGAGAGACACUGUAUCAUGAGGCGCGGAAGAUCGUUGGAGCUGAGAUGCAGCACAUCACUUACGCACACUGGUUGCCAGUCAUUCUGGGCGAGGAAGGAGUGAAGAUGCUGGGAGAGUAUCAAGGGUACAAUCCUCAGCUGAACCCCUCGAUUGCUAAUGAAUUCGCCACGGCGGCUCUUCGCUUUGGCCACUCGCUCAUCAAUCCCAUUCUCCAUCGCUAUGACGCCAACUACAAGGAGAUUCCGCAGGGUCAUUUGCCGCUGCAUCAGGCUUUCUUCGCGCCCUGGCGAUUGGUUUACGAGGGUGGCGUGGAUCCGCUCAUGCGUGGCCUCUUCCUCACGCCGGCGAAGCUGAAGAAGCCACAAGAGAAUCUCAAUGUGGAGCUCACGGAGAAGCUCUUCCACUCUGCUCACGCUGUGGCGCUGGAUCUGGCGGCGAUUAACAUUCAGCGAUCACGAGAUCACGCCAUUCCCACGUACAAUGAGUUCAGGAAAUUCUGCAAUCUCACCGUGGCGACGACUUUCGAUGACUUCCGUGCGGAGAUUUCCAGUGAACAGGUGCGAAAGCGCCUCAAAGACAUCUACGGCCAUCCCAGCAAUGUGGACAUUUGGGUGGGAGGAAUUUUGGAGGAUCAGGUGGCUGGUGGGAAGGUUGGACCGCUGUUCAGAUGCUUGCUGGUGGAGCAAUUCUGUCGUCUUCGCGAUGGUGACAGAUUCUGGUAUGAGAAUCCGUCGGUCUUCAAGACCGAUCAACUUGUCCAGAUCAAGCAAUCCUCACUUUCUCGCGUGCUGUGCGACAAUGGCGACAAUAUCACUGAGAUCAGUGAGGAUGUCUUUGUGCUGUCGCACCUGCAAGACGGCAUGAAAAUGUGCGAGAAGAUUCCCGAGAUGGAUUUGCGCUUCUGGAUGGAUUGCAGCGGAUGCAAACCGCGUCCGCAUCAAAGCGGUGAACUUGUGCGUCGUCGAAGAUCCCUGAAUGAGAGCGCCGCACAGGAGAGUGACAGCAAUUGGGUGGACAUGAAUGACGAGCGGAUUGAGGGCCUCGAGAUGACCAUUGAGUCUUUCCAGAAGACACUCAAGCAAAUGCGGCGCAAGCUGAAGAAGCUGGAGGCGACGUGCCAGGCGACGAGCGGCAAAGUGCAGAAGAUUCACGGACACUGCACUGACUGGGGCGGGAUUCGGCGGCUGAACAACGAGGUGUGGAAGGAGGACGCGUGCACGCAGUGCGAGUGCAGACACCGCGAAGUGCACUGCGUGCGUGACAAGUGUCCGGAGACGGAGAAGUGCGCCAACGGAGCCACAGCGACUAAAUCCCCAACGGAUUGCUGCCCAGUUUGUCCGGCCGAAGUCACACCGAGCGCCCCGCCGGAAGUCUCAAGCGCUCCGGCGGCCUAAGGAGCGACUGGGCGCGGCUAUCAUUCAUCAUCCAAUGAAGUCUCUUUAAAAUAACACGUAAAAUAACCGUUCUCUUAAGCAGAAAUGUGCGUUUUCGAUGGAUUACGAUACCAAAACAUGUGUGUUUGCGGUGAAGAAGCGUCGUUAAGCUUUCAAACACUGGAUUUUCUCCCUUCAUUCACACAGCAAAGAAACUAUUCUAUCCAGCAUUAAUAUUCAUAGAAUCAUUACCGUAUAUAAAUAUAAUUGAAUUCAGACGUAAGAACACGAUUUAUUAACGUAGAUUAAUAUAAAAUAGAUAUGUAACUUCACGUAAAAUCAAAAGGAAAUCAGAAAUGCUUGAAAUAAAGAACUCUCUCGAUCAUUGAAAUUCAGUCAUCGUAAGAAUAAGAAAAAUUUAGACAUUAGAGUGUAUUUUAAUUGUUUUAUAAACAAGAAAACAUUUCUGUGUAUUUGAGAUAUAAACUAAUAAAAACAGAGAAGAAAUUUACCUUGUUGAAGGAAUCCUACCAAA